AUGGAUUUCAUCGAUGAGUCGCGUCCUUCAUGGGUUGACUACACGGUUUUCGCGUUCAGUUUAUGCUUAUCUAUUGGAACUGGUUUCUAUCAUGCUAUAAGAAGUCAGUUAAAGUUGAGAGAUUCUGAAGGUAUGCGAACAAGUCAAAAAGAUGAAUAUAUGAUGGGCGGUCGACAGAUGCCCUCACUUCCUGUAGCGCUCAGUUUAUUGACGACGUUUCUUUCUGGUGUUCUCAUGCUAGGAGUUCCGGCUGAUAUGUUCGAACGAGGUGCUCAGAUAUGGAUGAACUUUGUGACAGGUGCAAUAGCUUCGAUAUUGACGGCACUCAUCUUCUUACCGAUAUUCUAUCGAAUGCGGAGUACAUGUCUCCAUGAAUACUUCACUCUAAGAUUCAACUCGAAGUUAAUUCGUCAAGCAUUCUCUGCGUUGUUUCUGUUCUUAACGCUCACCUACAUGGCCGUUGUAAUAUAUGCGCCUUCAGUGGCUCUCGCACGGGUUUUUCGCGUUGAUAAAUGGAUUCUCAUUCUAAUUUUUGGGUUGACAACAACACUCUAUACAACAGUUGGUGGCUUAAAAGCAGUGGUAUGGACGGAUUCUUUACAGGCUGUUAUGAUGUACGGAGGUGUUCUCGCGCUGAUCUGCAAAGGUCUGUCGCAUCCACGAGUUGGCGGCUUUUGGGCCGUCAUGAAUGUCGCCUAUGAAUCGGGCAGAGUGAAUGAGCUGUGGAGAAUUGAUCCAAAUCCUGCUCAGUACAACAGCCUGUGGAUUAAUCUUUCAUGCGGCACGAUUAUUUGGCUCGCAUCGUUCGGCGUCAAUCAACUCGCCGUACAACGCUACUUAUCGCUGCCGUCAUUAAGGAGCGCCAAGAAUAUUAUCUAUUGCACAUUAUUGCCUUUUAUAUGUUUAUGCACUGCUGUUGCGUUCAUCGGACUGAUAGCACUGAAGUAUUUCUAUGAUUGCAAUCCGGUUGAAACGGGACAGUUGAAGGACAUGGAUCAUUUGAUCAUUAUGUUCGCGAAAGAUGUCCUUUGUUAG